AGUCGAGUCGCAGUCCGAAACGGUAGUGUGAAAACGAAACAUUCGCCCACAGAACCCCUCAGCCCAGUUGCUCGUUGCUCGUGCAGGGGGCAAACCAUAAAGGAUAAUCUAAAAAUACCAAUCGUCCACCUCGGAAACCCAAACAUUCUCGACAUCACCGUAGUCGCUGUCGUUGUCGUUGUUCGUGACGAAAGAUUGUCGGCGGGGAGGCGUUGGGGUGGUUGCCAUCGCGCGCGAUGAAUAUAAUCAGAAGUGGAAAAUGAUGUCAGUCCCACCGCCGAAUGCCUAAACUAUUCCGGAUAUGGUCGACGGGAGGAUGUGGGCGCGGAAGUGCCAUCCAGUUCAAGUAGUAAUGAUUGGGGGCCGUCGUGGGUCGUCGUCGUGUCCAGUGCGCGACCAGACAGCACAGGAUAGUGUGUGACAAUUUUGGGCCCGAAUUGGGCUGUGAAGAUCUAUAGAUGGAUGGCUUGGUCAGAUGUGGUGAGGAUUAAUAUUCUUCAACAGUGAGUGGAUAUUACAUAAGAAAAAUGAGAUGCUAUGUAACAAACGAAAUUCGGCAGGCGCACGGGAUGUUUUGAAAACAAUACCAGCGGCUAUAAUGUGAUGAUGGUUGUUCGGUGAAUUCCAUUAUAUAAUGUGUUGCUACCCAUUGUUAUGUAGUGAAGGUUGUGCGAUUGUGAGACUGUUUUUCCUUCUCGGAAACGGUACGGAAUUGGGGUGUGGGGCAACCGAUGAACUCGAAACGUGACUUCGCAGUAACUGGAACGACGUCACGUAUUGCCGCCGCCGCGAAUAUCCUUCGAACGAAUCCGAAGUGAGUGAGUGAACUGGAUAAAUCUAUGCCCGAGGAGGGGCAGCACUUUGCGAGAUAGGAAGCUCGCCUCGGUUCGGUUUUGUGUUGUGACGAGGAGCAGAGUGUAGCAACAGUCGAACGAGAAAGAAGCCAGUCAGUCAGUCUUUUCGGGAGAAAAAUAGUGCACUGGAAAUGUUUGUGCAUGAUGGGAUUUGGAAUUUGAGCCUUUCCUUAUCGGAGAAACCUUUGUCAAGCAAGCCGAACGCAGAGCGAAGAUGGCAGUGAUGAGUGGCAUAAUAAGUAUCGGGAUUAAGUUUUCAUCGCAGACGAGGAUAAUUGCGAAAUAAAAUACUGAUGCGUAACACCCCCGCAACUGUUGUGAGCGCUAUUAGAAGUGUGUGUGUAGGGGGGAGGUUAUGGAUCGGAUGUGGAUAGUAAUCGCAAUCGAUAAAGCAAACCGAGUCGUGUAAAUUUGAACUCCCCGCUCUCGGGUAGACGGUCGUGAGUUUGUCUGUGUGUGUGGGUUUAUGUUGAAAAGCUAUUCAGUAGCGAGUCGAUUUUAUUACGAUGCUAGAGCAACUGAUAACGACAACAAUAACAACAAACGAGACGUCAACAAUCCAACGAUUCGAGGUUGAAUAUCAUGCUCACAGAGCACCGUCAGCAGCAGGAGCAGCAGCAACCGAAACACGAAGGAGGUGCGGUCGCCGCUCUUCGGAAAGCACUUGCCAAGCAAAGUCAGAAAAUCACACGGAAUCAGUUCUGCUCAUCCCAAGAUAAUUUGGGGGCUUCCGAGUAUCGGAAGGACAGGAGAAUCCAUGGACUGCAGCUACCGUUGCAUCCACUCCAGCUAGUCGGUUGGGUUGCGUUAGUUCUGUUUGGCUAUUCGACGUUCGCUAUCUUGCUGCCAGCACUGAGUCCCUCGGUGCAGCAGCCUCUAUACUGUCUGCUAGUGGCGCUCUAUUUGCUUCAUCUGGUUUCGCAUCUGGCAGCACUGUUGCUCGAUCCGGCCGACGCCGAGCUUCGUCGUAACAGGACCCGAACGGUUGUGCCCGAGUUUGACCGCAGUAAGCAUUCGCACGUGAUUGAGAACGGUCGGUGUCAUCUGUGCAACAUCAAAACCAGCAGCCAGCGGACUAAACACUGCAGUGUCUGCAACAAGUGCGUCGGUACAUUCGAUCAUCACUGCAAAUGGUUAAAUCACUGUGUUGGCGGGCGAAACUAUGCGGCAUUCCUUAUGUGCGUGGUGAGUGCUGUCAUCGCAGCGUUGGUCAUUUUGACCGCUGCAAUCGUGGAGAUUGUGCUCUACCAUGUGCAGCCUGAGUGGCUGAAUCUCGCGUGGUUUGGUUUUUCGAGUAAUGCCACCUCCACAGCGAUUGUUGAUAUCGCCACGGAACGCACCGAUAGCGAGCUGAAAAAUGAAACGCUAGCUAGCACUCCAUUGCCGAUGCUUUUGGAUAACAUCACUAGCUCUGCUCAGGAUCUACUACUGAAUCAAACAUACUUCAAUGACACACCGGACAAUAUCACCGAUUGCGAGGAAGCGGUCACCGUCAAACCGCUUGAAGCAACCGGGAUCAGUGUCAACAACACCAUCCUUUUGGUGUUCAUCGGAUUUCUUGGUAUCCUGGCGGCGAUAGCAGCCGGACUGCUGCUCCAUCUGUGCUUCUUUCACAUCUACAUAUCCUUCCUUGGCCUCACCACCUACGAAUAUAUCCGCAACAAUCGGCACAAUGUCAUGACCAACCUGCCCACCACCAUUGCUCACAGUGCACGCAACCUGGCGAACGGCCCUUCCACCGCUACAUCCGCAACGGUCACGGCCACCUCGAAGCUAUCGGCAGUGACGAACUGCACCAAAGCCAGCUACAACAUACCCGAUAUCUACAUCUGCUCUUCGAUCAAUCCUUCGGUCCUACCGGUGCUGGGAACCCUGAACGACCUGAACCGGCAGCGACCUCGUACCUUGCAUUGCUGUGAUAACUCGAAGGAAUGUACGAACAAUAUCACUUCGGCCGGUCUCCGGAAGUUGGAUUCGGUUUCGCUUGGGAAUAGCAGUUCCGCGACCGGUAAUACCACCACCCAUCAGAAGGCUGCCUUCUACAUGUGUUCGAUGCUGGAGGAGCGCAACGUCGCCGCGGUCAAGGGUCACCCACGGGAGAAGUGUGAGUCGCGAACGUUCCAUUGUUGCUCCCAGUACAGCCAAACUGUGAACGGGGAUGACUUCGAAACCACCACCACUUCGGAGUCGUUCGUGCAGUACAGUGAACAGUGCACAUUUUGUAGUUUUAAGGUCAAACCGUCCGGGAGUGUACCGGACAAGAGUGAUGAAAUUGUUACGCUCCAGGAGAAGCAAUGUUGCGUCAAGACGCACACCAAGCACCACCGGUGGAAAAGAAAAUGGAACUGCUGUUCGAAUGUUCCGGACAGUCCAGAUGUUCCGGGUGAUCCGGUGCGAUCAAUAUCGGCCGUUGUGCAGCAACAGCAGCAGCACCGGCAACCAGAGCCACCCUUACCCGCGAUCACCAAUGUCCUAGAACAUGAACGUCCCCAACAUCAUCAGCAGUCUCUGCUGCAACAGCAGCGGCAGCAGCAUCCCAGACAAUGCGAACUGACAAAUAAUGAAAAUCGUGCCAAUAACAAUAGAAAAAACAACUGUGUUAGCAAUAAUAACUGUAGUACCAACACCGGCAGCGGUGUCAGUAGUGAAAAUGGAUACUUUAGCCCUAGCAGCCCGGUGUCGAUUGGUAACCACCAGAAUGCUGUCAAUAAUAACCACCACACCACUAGCUACAAUACACGCUCUAGCACUAGCAACGGGAACAACAAUCGCAUCCUGAACGAUGCCAACGGCAACGAUAUAACGUUGGUGCCCAACAGUGUCUCACCGGUUCCGAAGCGUCCGCGAGCCCGCUUGGUACGACCUUGGCCCGUUGUUCGUCUACGCCACAUGAUCAGAAUGAUCGAUCGCUACCGUAGACCGCGCUGUAGACCAGGCGUACAGCCUCAGCAGCAGCCGCAGUCCCAACAAGGCACCGCUACCGUGAAACAGAACCAGGUACGACCGCUCUCAACGACGGAAUGCACUUCCGCGGUAAUCGCGGGCAUAUCCGGGGCUUGCGGACCAGGCUCAUCAUCCGUCCAGCAGCAGCAGCAGCAGCAGCAGCAGCAACACGGAAAGAUCCUUCCCACAUCGGUUAUCAGGAGCGAAGCUCCGCCCACGAUGCCGGCGUUGCCGCCGCCAGCCCGUCGCAAGCUCAAGAAUACCACCGACGAUCUGCAGGAACUCGCCGAUACGCUUGCCUUAAUCCAUCAGCAGCACUCAUCCCCAAAUCAACAGCAACAGCACCAGCAGCAGCCAUCAAUCCGAAUACCGCUCAAUCCGUCGUACAGGCGUAGCCGCCGAAAGAACAUCAUACGUAACCGCAGUCCCACGCUGUCGCCCAUCCACGAGUCGGGCCUGUCCAAUCCGACCUCGCCGCAGCCCUGCCGGCACUCGUCGUGCUCUCCCAGUAUUUCGUCGCUCGCCUCCGGUGUGGCGCUAACGAACGUGGUGUGCGGUAGUGGUUCCCACAGGAACCACCUGUCGUCCAGCGUUGAUAGAUCCAGCUAAGCCCCAGCUCUGUCUCUCAGUGGGUGCAGCUCGCAAAAAACUAGCAACAAAAACCUUAUGUAUACUCGCUAUGUCUAUGUCCGUCUCUUUUUCUCUGUAUGUUCCUCCAGUCAGUCAUUCAGUCAGUGUUGAAUCGUGUUAAAAAACCCCUCUAUUGUAGCUAAAGCAAACCAAAUGUGAGAUCAGAAGUAUUUGUGAAACAACGAAAUGACAAUUUCUAAGAAGAAAAAUUUUGUGAUGAAAUAUGAAGAGCUGAAAAUCAUUGGAUUUUAUUUUUUGGAGAUGCGAGUUUAUCUUUUAACCACGGAACGAUGGCGAACACAAAAAAAAUAAGGAAAGAAGAAUUAUCUAAAUUAGUGUUAGUUAAAUUAAAUUGACUGUGAGCAAAAAUAAAGAAGACAUUAAGAAGGAUACCAGAAAAAAAAAUCCGUAGAAACGGAAAGCGUCCUAUAUAUUAUUAUUAUUAUAUAUUUGUUUUAUGAGACAAGGAAACAAAGUUUUAAAAAGAAAGUAUAUCGUAAUAAAAGUAUUUGUUUCUAGAA